GGGCAACGUUGGCAUCAGGGAAGUGGAUUCUUUGGACGAAAUUGGCAAGUAGGAGAUGUAGUAGGCUGCAUGAUCAAUCUGGAGGACAAGUCUAUUAUAUUUACACUCAAUGGAGAAUUACUUAUAACCAAUAAAGGUUCAGAACUUGCUUUUGCUGACUUUGAAAUAGAUAAUGGUUUUGUUCCUAUAUGCUCACUGGGUUUGUCUCAGAUUGGCCGAAUGAAUUUUGGAAGGGAUGCCAGCACUUUCAAAUACUAUACAAUGUGUGGGCUUCAAGAAGGUUUUGAGCCCUUUGCCGUCAACAUGAACAGAGAAGUCGCUAUGUGGUUUAGCAAACGCUUACCAACCUUUGUCAAUGUGCCAAAAGGGCAUCCUCAUAUUGAGGUUACAAGAAUUGAUGGAAACAUUGACAAUCCACCACGUUUAAAAGUUACUCAUAAGACGUUUGGAACACAGAAUAGUAAUGCAGGCAUGAUGUAUUGUCGCUUGAGCAUGCCAAUUGAAUUUCAUUCAUCUUUUACCUACAGUCAUGGUUUGGAAUUUGAGGGCUUCUACAAAAGGUUGAACCACACACAAAACUAUUUCCAGCUGUUUUUUUACAGCCUACGAGCACAAACCUGGUACAGUUUGAACUGGGUAAAUUAAAGAACACCAUGCCUUUAUCAGCUGCAAUCUUUAAGAGUGAAGAGAGAAAUCCCAUUCCUCAGUGCCCUCCUCGGCUGGAUGUUCAAACACUCACACCAGUUGUCUGGAGCAGAAUGCCAAACAGUUUCCUGAAAGUAGAGACUGAUCGUGUCAGCGACCGCCAUGGAUGGCUGGUACAAUGCCUGGAACCAUUGCAAAUGAUGGCCCUUCAUAUUCCAGAAGAAAACAGGUGUAUUGACAUUUUGGAAUUAUGUGAACAAGAAGAUUUGAUGAGGUUCCACUAUCAUACUUUAAAGCUAUAUAGUUCUGUUUGUGCUCUGGGUAAUAAUAGAGUAGCUCAUGCUCUUUGCAGCCAUGUGGAUGUUUCCCAGAUAUUUUACACAAUAGAUAAUCGGUAUUUGCCUGGACUUUUAAGGUCUGGAUUCUAUGACUUGUUGAUUAGCAUUCAUUUAGAAUAUUCAAAAGAAUCAAAACUCAUGAUGAACAAUGAAUUUAUCACUCCUGUUACAGAUGAAACCAGGAAAAUCCGAUUAUUUCCAGAUGGAUCUAAGAAACAUGGCUUGCCUGGAGUUGGACUUAGCACAUGCUUGAAACCAAAGUUUAAAUUCUCUACCCCUUGUUUCAUUUUGUCCAAUGAGGAUCAUCAAAAGCCUAGUCCAGAGAUACCACUAGAGAUUCUUAAGACAAAGACCAUAAGCAUGUUGACAGAAGCAGUCUACUGCAGCGGAGCACAUAUCCGAGACCCUGUUGGAGGGAAAGUUGAAUUCCAAUUUGUUCCUGUUCUGAAACUUAUAGGAACUUUGCUUAGGAUGGGAGUUUUUAAUGAUCAUGAUGUUAAACAGAUUUUGCUUCUCAUUGAUCCAUGUGUAUUUGGUGAGAGCAAAGAAGAAGUAAUGGAGCAAACAGAGAAAGAGGAUGUUACCCAAAUAGAAGAAAAAGCAGUAGAGGCUGGUGAAAAGGCCAUUAAGGAAACUAAGACCCCAAUAAAGGGGUUGCUGCAAACAAGAUUGCCAGAGUCGGUUAAACUUCAGAUGUGUGAGCUGCUCAAUUAUUUCUGUGAUUGUGAACUGAAACACCGAGUGGAAGCUAUUGUGUCCUUUGCAGAUACCUUUGUCUUAAAGUUACAGUAUAAUCAAAAAUACAGGUAUAAUGAACUGAUGCAAGCCUUGAAUAUGUCUGCCGCGCUGACUGCCAGGAAGACAAAGGAAUUUCGCUCUCCUCCUCAAGAGCAGAUUAAUAUGCUGCUGAAUUUUCAGCUGGGGGAAGAUUGUCCUUGUCCAGUGGAGAUUCGGGAAGAGCUAUAUGAGUUUCAUGAUAAGCUCCUAAUUCAUUGUGGUAUUCCAUUAGAUGAAGAAAAAGAAGAGGAAGAAAAUAUUUCAUGGGCUGGAAAACUAUGUUCUUUGAUAUAUAAAAUAAAAGGAAUACACAAAACAGAAAAGAGAGAAGCAACAGAAGAAGAAGAUAAAUAUCCUAUUUCUCUGAAAGAGCUGAUCUCUCAAACUAUGGUUCGCUGGGCACAGGAAGAUCAGAUCCAAGAUCCAGAAUUAGUUCGCAUUAUGUUUAACUUACUUCGACGGCAGUAUGAUAGCAUUGGUGAGCUGCUGCAAGCACUGAGGAAAUCUUAUACUAUAAGUGCUAAUUCCGUGCAAGACACAAUCAACUUAUUAGCAGCACUGGGGCAAAUUCGUUCACUUCUCAGUGUCAGGAUGGGAAAAGAAGAAGAAUUGCUCAUGAUUAAUGGCCUAGGAGAUAUAAUGAACAACAAAGUAUUUUAUCAGCAUCCUAAUCUUAUGAGAGUCCUCGGUAUGCAUGAGACAGUUAUGGAAGUAAUGGUAAAUGUGCUUGGAGGAGACAAAUCUCAGAUUGCUUUUCCUAAAAUGGUAGCAAGUUGUUGUCGGUUUCUUUGCUAUUUUUGCCGGAUCAGUCGCCAAAACCAAAAAGCCAUGUUUGAGCAUUUAAGCUACUUACUUGAAAACAGCAAUGUUGGACUUGCUUCUCCUUCUAUGAGAGGGUCCACUCCAUUAGAUGUAGCAGCCGCUUCCGUAAUGGACAAUAAUGAGCUUGCCCUUGCAUUGGAGGAGCCAGACCUAGAAAAAGUUGUAACCUACUUGGCAGGCUGCGGUCUUCAGAGCUGCCAAAUGCUUUUAGCAGCCGGAUACCCUGAUAUUGGUUGGAAUCCCAUAGAGGGUGAACGGUACCUCUCAUUCUUAAGAUUUGCUGUCUUUGUUAAUGGUGAAAGUGUUGAAGAAAAUGCUUGUGUUCUUGUUAAGCUUCUUAUUCGACGUCCAGAGUGUUUUGGCCCUGCUCUGAGAGGAGAAGGCGGAAACGGCCUGUUAGCCGCGAUGCAAGAAGCAAUUAAAAUUUCUGCGAACCCAGCUCUAGAUCUUACUUCUCAGGGUUGUAAGAGAAAAUUUCUAGAAGAUGAUGAGGAAGAGGAAGAAAUAGUCCACAUGGGCAAUGCAAUAAUGUCUUUCUAUUCAGCUCUCAUAGAUUUGCUUGGCCGCUGUGCACCAGAACUCCAUCUUAUCCAAACUGGGAAAGGUGAAGCUAUUAGAAUACGGUCAAUUUUGCGUUCCCUUGUGCCAACAGAAGAUUUAGUUGGGAUUAUAAGUAUUCCUUUAAAACUACCAACAAUAAACAAAGGUAACUAUGAAAACCAUUCUAACUCGAGUUGGGAUGGAAAAUCGAAGUGGCAGAUUGCUUUGUUUGAUCUCGUUCAUAAAGUCUCCUUUAUUAAUUUUAUCAUAUUAGAAUUAUGUGCCAACAAUUUUGUCUAUGGAGAUUCUCAUGUAGCCAAUCAGAGCCUCAGCUAUUCCCGUUACGACCUGCGCUUGACAGAGCAGCCUGUGCGGUCAUUGACAAUGGAGAUGUCUGGUUCAUCUGGUCCAUCAGCCAAUAGACCAGGACCCUCUCAGGGCCAUAACAAGGUUUCUCCCCCUUUCAUGGGCAGUGGGACUGCUGAUUCGGUCCCGGUAAAUCCAAACACGGCCAUGUUUGAUGUCCCAACUCCUCAACAGGAGCUGGUGCCGGUCCCUGGCUUAUUUCUAGAUCUCAUCCAGCGCCAGUGGACCCAACCUGCCAUGUUGUCCUCUCCCAGCAGGGUGGACAAAAAGCUUUAUACAAUGGAGCCCAUCCUAGAGGAUAUCCUGGCCCUUCCGACUGUGGAUCCCCCUAUUACAGCACUUACUUCUAAUUCCUCUCUUCCUGCAGACCUCAGGGCCACAGUGAUUCGGCUGCGUGAACCCGUGAACAAAAUUCCCGCGGGUGACGUACGUCUCCAACAGGACUUUGCCAAGCUUAUUGUGGCUUCGCAGUAUGCGGCGGAUGCCGCCCUCAACGCCACUAAAUUCGCCUCCAGGGCUCUGGCUGCGAAUGUCACGUCCCACCGUUUGCUCUGGCUCCAACAUUGGCAAGCGGACCAGAAGCAUAAAUGGAAAUUGGCCUCUGCUCCCUUUAAGGGAUCAAAAUUAUUUGGGGAAGUUUUGGACCCUUACCUCAUUGAGUCAAAGGACAAGAGGAAGGAACUUUAUCAGGUUCCUACCCCCUCAGGUCCCAUCAAGAGGGAGCAGAUGAACCAGGAGAUUCUACAUCUCCUGGAGAUCAAUGCAAUAAAGCAGGUGCCCCCCAGCCAGGAAGGGAGCGGGUAUUACUCCAUUCUUUUCCUGGUCCCGAAGAACUCAGGGGGGUGGAGGGUCAUCUUGGACCUCAAGAACCUCAACAGGAACCUCACCUACUGGAGGUUCAAGAUGCAGUCUGUCCAGUCGAUCCUGGCGGGGAUCUGCCAGGGAGACCUCCUCACCUCUAUUGACCUGAGGGAGGCCUACAUCCAUAUUCCCAUUCACCCCUGA